AUGCGGCUGAUUCAAAUCAUUCUAUGCUACUGUUGCGUAUUUACUGGUCACUUUUCAAAUGGAAGCAGCAUUCACAGUUCAGAAAUUAAAUCACGUCUCAUCAAUCAUACGGUAAUAGUAAUAUUUUCCGACUUAGUUGAUAACCAAGUUGCAAAGAGGAGUAUUGAUAAUGGAAGUCCGCUGAUCGUCAUAAAUGGUGAUCAGAGACGAAAGCAAAUAGAAGGAUAUCUUCCCAGCUAUUCCACGUACAUCCUCAGAUUUGAAUCUAUGUACAAACUGGUAUCACUCAUCCUUGGGUUCAUGCGCUCAUCAAUCUGGAACAUAAAGUCACCAAUAUUCAUUCUCGACAUUUCUAAGGCGAUGCAUGAUAAUAGAAAUGCUGGUAGAGUUCUUGACUUUCUUGGUAGCCUCGAUAAUUUGAAAUCAUACUAUGUGUGUUAUGAUGACAAAAGAGAUUCAACUAUAGUCUACACUCUAAACCCUUACACACAAUAUGCUCCGCCACCUUGGAAUCGAGUUAAAUCCGCGAACGCGAAUAACAAUCCUAAAACAAAAGCGACAAUGUACAGUCUGCAGUAUCCGAAAGACUUGAAGAACAACUAUGAAAAUAUUUGUUUCGAUAAAACUCAGUACUUAGAUGACCAUCAAAUAAAAUUAUUGGCUCGUGCCAUUUCACUAAAUUCAAGUAAACAGAAUGAGCAGGAAAAUAUCAAUGAAGUUCUUAAAUAUUUUGACAAGUUCAAAGACUACGGAUUGACUUCAUUACCUGAUUAUAUGAAAGUAAAAGCGUCAAUUCAUGUUCUGAAAAAAUAUUUCGGUUCCGACUUUAUUAAAUACGGUUUCGAUGGAGAUCUUUACAAUCGUCAGUAUGAUGCGAAUAGCUUCAGGACUCAAUUAGCUGAUACAAAUCCUGACUUUACUGAUUUUGUGACAGAGUAUCAUGAAACACACUAUUCAAUUCUGACGAAAAAAACAGAUUAUUUGACGGUAGUCACCGAAAUCUCCAUAAAUUUUCAAUUCAUCUUCAUCACACUCUUUGUGCUGAUAUUGAUUGCUGUGAUUAUAGUCAUGAACAAUAAAUUGAACGUGAUCGAAGGAAUCAUGAACAUUGUGAGCAUGUCACUGAGUAUGGGAAUAAUAUCUCCAAUGGGACGUCUCUCGAUGAGAAUCAUAUAUUUCUUCGGAUUUUUGUUUAUUUUUAUAGUGAUGCCCGAAUUCCAAGGACAAAUCUCGUCCAUUCUAUCCCAGCCUGCAAGACGCAAUGUCGAAACCCUAAAGGACUUGUUCGACAAUAAGUAUCAUGUGUUUUUCGAUGGAUUAUUGGAAAAAGACAUGAUUAAUGAAAAACUGUGGGCGACUAAAGAGGACCAGAAAUACUUGCAUCCAUCAUCUGGAGCUGAGCUAGCAAAAUGUGCACUGAAAGCCCAACAAAAUUCGACCAUCGCUUGCAUCGACAACACUGCGACACAACUAUUAUUCGCGUUAAAGCUUAAAAAUCUUCAUCUAUCGAAAGAAAUUGUAUUCAAAAAGUACUACGUGUUUUGGACAAGAAAGAACUGGGCGCUGAAAGACAAAAUUGAUAGAGUACGUUCAAUACCGGUGGAAACAGGAUUAAUUUACCAUCAUACUGAAGAGAUAGAGAAGAACCGAUGGGAAAAGAUAGAGAAGAUACAGAAAAUCAAAGAAGCUGAAAACUAUGAACUGAUCGACUUUGAUAACUUGGUGUUUUAUUUCAUUGUGAUUGCGGCUACCGUGCUAUGGAGUUUGGUCAUUUUUGGAAUUGAACUUAUUGUCUACCACAGUCACUCUAAAUAUGUAAGACAGGAAAAAGCGCGACUACUGUUCAUUAAGAGAUUGAGAGCACAACCACGAAUCAUUUUUUUCCCGGGUCGGAUUGUUCUGUCAAAUAGCCGCGAGUGA